AUGCCAAUAAAGGAGAAUCCCCCUGUGUUAGGUGAAUCAAAACAAAUAGCGCGAAAUCGUCUAGACAGUUUAAUUAAAAGGCUAAACAAAAACCCGCAAAUGAAAAAGCUCUAUUCUGAAUUCAUUGAGGAAUAUGCAGCUCUUGGUCACAUGGAAAGAGUAAUGGAAGAUGAAUUACCAGAAACUAAUUAUUUUUUACCUCAUCAUGGAGUCUACCGGGAAGGAUCUACAAGCACCUCUCUAAGAGUAGUCUUCAAUGCUAGCUCCCCUAGCUCUAAUGGAUUUUCAUUAAAUGAUUUAUUGUGUAAAGGUGAUGUUGUUGAGGACAUUUUUGAAUUAAUAUUAAGUUUCAGGACACACAAGUUUACCUUUACAUUUGACAUUCAAAAGAUGUUUCGUCAGAUUUUAGUUGUGCCACAUCAAAGAGACUAUUUACGAAUUUUAUGGUUUGAUGAAAACUCUAAUCAAGAAGUAACAUUUAGAUUAAAAACUGUGACAUAUGGCACUUCAUGUGCACCUCAUCUUGCCAUACGCACCAUUAAACAAUUAGGUUUAGAUGAAGCGUCGGACUUUCCGUUAGCAUCGGAAAUGGUUUUACGCGACCUUUACAUGGAUGAUGGGAUUACAGGCGCCCCGGAUAUCCAAACUGCUCAAAUUCUACAACAGCUGAUAAAAAUGUUCGCAAGAGCAGGAAUGUAA